AGAGGGCUAAGGGUAAUUGUUGGGGUGGCGGCUGGUGGCACUACUUUGUUUAUGGUUCACGCGGGGAAGAGGUACAGGCGGAGACACAGAGGGGGCGGAAUGACACUCUGAUCGUAUUUUGGCCCGUUUUUCCGGACUGCUGCAUGCUAAGGGGCAGGCAGGAUGGGGAAGUUACUGAGCAAGAUCUUCGGCAACAAGGAGAUCCGAAUUUUGAUGCUGGGACUGGACGCGGCCGGGAAGACCACCAUUCUAUACAAGCUGAAGCUGGGCCACUCUGUCACCACCAUACCAACUGUGGGCUUCAAUGUGGAGACUGUUGCGUACAAGAACGUCAAAUUUAAUGUCUGGGACGUGGGCGGGCAGGACAAGAUUCGGCCGCUGUGGAGGCAUUACUACACCGGCACCCAGGGGCUCAUCUUUGUGGUGGACUGCGCUGACCGGGACCGCGUGGACGAGGCGCGGCAGGAGCUUCACCGCAUCAUCAACGACCGCGAGAUGAGGGAUGCCAUCAUCCUGGUCUUUGCCAACAAGCAGGACCUUCCAGAUGCCAUGAAGCCACACGAGAUCCAGGAGAAGCUCGGCCUGACCAGGAUCCGCGACCGCAACUGGUACGUGCAGCCGUGUUGUGCCACCACCGGGGACGGCCUGUAUGAGGGCCUCACCUGGCUCACCAGCAACCACAAGUCGUGAUGACUGGGCCACGCUACUCCCACUCCCACUCCUCCUACUACUACUCUUCUCACUCCCACUCCAUCAUCGCCCCUUCCUUCUCCUCCUCCUCCAUCGUCUUAGUUGGCUCCCUAGCCCAGCCAGCAAGAAGGCUUGGCGCUGCCACUGCCGCUGCCACUGCCAUUGCCCCUGCCCCCCUGCCAGGGUAAUGCGUGAUAGUCUAAUGUUUGUGUUGAGACGGUACACUCAGGUCUCCCUCCAGCCACCACCGCUGCCUCCCUCCCACCUGUCACUGCGCCAGACAAGCAAGGCAGGGCUAACACCUGCCAGGCCAGGUCAACGCACAAGGAAUGCUGAGUGUGUGGCAGGGUAGGAUGAGGCAGGGCAGGACAGGGCAGGGCAGGGCAGGGCAGGGUAAGGCAAGGCAAGGCAAGGCAAGCUGGCCUGGGUGCUGACAGACUGUGGGGCAGCUGUUGCCUGAAGCCCAGCUGCUCGUGUAUUUGUGUGUGUGUGUGUGUAUGUAUGUACGGAGGAAGUGGACUGAGUGCACACCUGAGUCAGAAGAGUGGUGGUGAGGGACAUUUAUAUAUAUAUAUAUACAUACAUAUAUAUAUAUACAGUAUAUAUAUAUUUUUUAUCUCUGUUCUUUGAGUAUUAAGGUUUGAACAAGACUGCCAAAUGGUUAGAAUGAUCUCCUGUAGUCCAGAGUCAGUAGGAUCUUGUCUCUUCAAUGGUUUAUCUCUUCCUUUCUUGGUACGUACGUACGUAUGUAGUCCGUUGAACAUUGGUGAACUGACCACACAAAACAUAGAAAAACACUAAAGCUGCUCACAACACCAAUCAAAGGAAAACACAAUCGGCGGUCCAGUGUGGCCUGGCAACCCUCCACAGCAGUCCAGGCAGCGUGGCGUGGCGUGGCGUCAUAGCAGCGGCGGCAGCGCGACACUCCCACUAGUUAAUGACAUUUUCCAUUUAGCGAGAUGACACAGAGUCACCAUCGCCAGGUGACUCCCUCUCGGGGCGUGACCCUCGUACCACGGGGCAGGUGUCGGGGCAGCAGGGCCACUCAUAUUGAUGUGUGCCCCACAGCGCCACCCCCACCCCGCCCCACCCCGCCCAGCACCCCGGGGUUUGUUAUUGUGAUGUCCUAUCUCACUGGUUCUUCCCGCGCACAAAGACAGCUCCAAGCACUGCACUGAUUACCUUAGUGUCCCGUGCUGUAUAUAGCGUCCCAGGUGCUGCUCCCCUCCCCUGCUCACCACACCAUGGCUCUUCCUCCACUAACUGCAAAGUCAAACCUCAUGAGACCACCAUGUCGUGUCCUCUUUCUCUCCUCAUUCCCUGUAAAGGCCAACCUCAUAAGACUUUAUGUCCUCUAUCUUUCCUCCUCACUCCCAGAAAAGUCCAACCUCAUGAGGCCUCUGUGUCCUCUCCCUCUCCUUCUCACUCCCUGGAAAGUUAAGUUACCUUAUGAGACCUCCACCACACCUGGGCUCCUCCUCCUCGUCCUCAUUGCCUUGUGUGGCCCCGCUGUACCUUCCCCUUGGUGUGUGUGAGGUGUGUGUGGGAGCGCAGUGCUGUUAUUUAUGUACACGUCUUUUUCCAGCGUUCUUUUCCCCUCAGUAAUAUCACCCCAAUAGAUGCAUAUUUCUUAUUUUCUCCACCACCUUUCCUCCCCCUUGUAAAUAAUAUGCAGAGAUAGUACUACUAUUACUACUACUACUAGGCGGGGCACAAACUGCUUAUGUCGGUGUGGAUGUGAUUACCCGUGUCAGAGCCUCAAAUUGCCAGCAGAUUUUUGCACUUCUGAGAGGGUUUAUCUUUUUUAAAAUUUAUUUUUAAUUAAUUAAUUUAAUUUUUUUUUCUUUUAUUCCAUUAUUGGUUAUUUGGCUUCCCUCGUGCUGCAUUCCAUCGCUUGCUGCUAGACUUGACACAGUGACUAGCCAAGGCAUCAGUGUCACUGCUCCUGCACCUGAGGGAGAGAGAGAGAAAGAGAGGGACAGAGGGACAGGAUGAAUUUGAGUGAAUGAGUUAGUUAGUUAGAUUCACUCGUUAUGAAGCGGGGUUAGGCUAGCAGUGUUCUGGGGGCCCUGCGCGGUCGUGUUUAUACCUAACGAGGCUGGAAGGAAGUGUGUUUGCGAUUAAGGACGUGCUUUGCCGUGCUGUACAUAGAGUUAGAGAGCGGGAGAGUGCGUGUGUGAGUGCUUGAGUGAGUCUACGAGGCAUGCAGGAGACUUUAUCAUACAACUCUCCCCAAUGUGUAUUAAUUUUUUCUCAUUGAUUCAUCAUUUCCUUUGUGAACUUUUUGAUGUAUGUAAAUGUUGGUUUCCUUGCCCCCUCACCUCUCCUGCAUAUUUUUCUGUAUAUUUUUUGAGUACGAGAUGCGUGGGUCGUAUGGCUAAGUAAGACAUGUGUUGGUUUAUAUAUAUAUAAGAGAUUUUUUCACCCAAGCUACAUAAGUACAGAUGUUGUCCUUUUCUAGUGGACGUGACCUAAUGUGUGUGUGUGUGUGUGUGUGUGUGUGUGUGUGUGUGUGUGUGACUCCAGAUGUUAAUAUUCAUGCCUCACAGAGUUGGAUGACACUAGAUAACAGUGAUGGAUGGGAAAUAAGCCAGGAACAAAUGUGGUGAGAAUUUGAAUAACCUGCCUCACUCUCUGUCUCUGUGUGUGUAGUGCUUUCAUGAUUUCAUUCUUGUGUGCAUCCUAUUUUCACUCCAAACUCAGUCACCAUCUGUUCCUUCACUGCUUUCUUCUCACUCCUUUAGUUUGCCACACUUCCUCUGUAUUAGAUGUCUUCCUUGCAUCUUCUGGUCUUGGAAUUUGUCACUUGUUUGGCUUUGCAAAGAGACUUGACUGAUCAGAGGAGCUAAGAAUGACAUUCAGCAGUGCAUUGGAAGUGAGUUUGGUAUGCCUCUCUCUUUCUCUCUGUUUAUUUGAUCUGCUAAGCCUGUCUCUUGUUAAGCUCUGCAAAGAGACUCAUUUAAUCAGAGGAGCUAGGAGUGACAUAAAACAGUGAAGUAAAAGUAAGUUUGGUACUAUGUCUCUCUCUUUCUCUCUGUUUAGUGUCUUUGUAUCUUAACAUUGCUAAUCUGCUGAGAGUCUAUGAUUUGUGAAGCUCAGCAAGGUUACAAGGUCACAGGAACCAAUAUGGAUAGAAAUCUGUACUGGAAGUGAGUUUGGUACACUGAUUGAUACAAAACUUUAUUGGAAGUGAGUUUGGUGUGUUACUUGAGUUCUCACCCCGUCUGUGCCUCUCGGGUGAAGCUUCAUGCAAAAAAUUAAGCGAUGCGUUUUAGUUAUAUGUGUCAUUUGUCAUAAAAAUAUAUAUACACAAAAAAAAUAAUAUAUAUAUAAUCAGGAUGCAUCACAUGUUAAAAGAGGUUUUUGCAAUGUUCAUACAUAUUGCGAUGUUCAAAUUUCUAUAAUGUGGUUUGUCUGCUCUUAUUUUUUUAUAUUAUAUCAAUCCCUGUAAUUACAUAUGUGUUUUUUUUUCAGAUGUAUAAAAAGAAGUUGUGAUUCCUUAUGUGUUUAAAAACAAAAGACAUAUGCAAAUCCUCUUGUUCGUCAGAUGUUUAUUAAAAAAGUAAUAAUAAUCUUUAACAGUGUUCAUCAGAUAUUUAAAAAAAGUCUACAUUGGUAUGAGUUGUCAGAUGUUUACAGAAAUCAUUGUUUUUACUCAUCAUACUGUCAUCAUUUGGUCAGCUUUGUACUUGUGUUGUGUCACCCUUUGCCUGGGGAGAAGAUUGAGUCCUUUAAGCCUUUGAGAUUAGUGACCAUAGCUUGUUGAAGGAGUCAGGAAAGAGAGACAGACAGACAAAGAUUGAGGCACAUUUCCUAAGGUAGAGGAGUAAGGGAGAUAGAGAAAGAAAAGAGAAGAAACACAGAUAGAAAAUGAUGAAGUAGGAGAAGAAAGAGUUUGAAGAAUAAGAUUGAAAACGGAAAAUGAAGAUAGAAAAGAGGAGAAAGAAAGAUAACAGACAGAAGAGGACAUAGAUAGAUGAGAGAGAGAGAGAGAGAGAGAGGACAAAAAAGAUAUAUAGAAAUGAGAAGAAGCAGACUAGGAAAAAAUAAAUGGAAAAGUAUAAACAGGAGAAAAAAUAGAGAUAGAAGAAACAGAAGAUAAAAAAUAAAGGAAAAAUGGAUAAACAAUAAUAAUAAAACAAGUAAAUAAAUAGAACCAGCACAGAUGUAGAGAGGAGAAAACACAAAUAUCACUCAUGCAUAAUUAAGUGAAGGGAAAGGUUACACUUACGAUAUUGCAAUGAACCCAGGAAUUGCAGCAUAGCCUUGUUGAACCACUUAAUCAUGCACUGCUAUUGAAUUCUACACACUUUGGCACUUGCAUCUAAACCUUGGCCUCACUGGGACUAUUGGAUUAGGUUAAGUUAGGAAUGAGGAACUGUGAGGGCUUGAUUCUUGGGCCCACUGUUACUUGAAUGUCAUCCUAAUCUAACUCACUGGGAUUACUGAGUUAGGUUAGGUUGUGUUGAGUUAGGAGCAAGGAAUUGUGAGGACUUAAAUCUUGGGUUCACUGAUACUUUGACUGUCAUCCUAACCUAACCUAACUGAACCAAACCAAAUCUCAUCCAAAUGAAUCUAAGUAAAUCAAACCACAUGAACCUAAAUUACUGAACCAAACUGAAUCUUAACUGAACCUAACCUAACCUAACCUAGUGUUUGGCAUAUGGACCAGACUUGUAGCCACCUCAGAUGUCUGUAUGAAUCUUAACUGGGACUUUAAGCUUGGGAAAUGAAGAAGUGUAGGCCACAUUUAAAACCUUUGGCUCUCAGGGACUUUCCUGCAUCUUGUUACAAGUGAUGAGGUGUGGUAAUAAGAUUUAGAAGGCAUAGGGCAUCUGUUAAUGACAAAUCAAUCUGCACUGGGUUUUGGAGGCUUAAAAAUAGAUUUAAGGGAAAAGCAUAGGCAAGAACAGACUUUGAAAUUCAUGUCUACUGGAAAUGUGUCUGAAAAAUAGAUGUACUGGGGACUGGAACCUUAAAAAUAGACUGAAGGGAAACAUAGGCAACAUCAAACUUUAAAAGUUUGUCUAUUGUAAACUGGAGUCUGAAAAAAUAGGAAACAAUAAGCAAAUUCAAAAUUAACCUGUACUGGAAACUUGAAUCUUAAAAGUAGACUAGGAAAGCAUAGCCAACAUCAGACUUUUAAAUUUUCUCAUGGAAACUGGAUAUGGAAAAAUGAAUAUGGUAGGAAUUAUUGGUGAAUUCAACCAUCAAAGUUAACCUGAACUGGAAACUAAAACCUUGAGAAUAAUACAAGGAACCAUAGGCAACAUCAGAUUUUAAAAUUAACCUCUGCUGGAAACCAGUCUGAAACAUAGAGAUAGGAGAAACUAUAGGCAAACUGAAACCUGGGAAAUCUGUCUCUUUUUGUGCAUUGAGUGAUUUUGUGUUAAUGGUGAUGGUGAUGAUGAUGAUGAUGGUGAUGAAGUAACCUAUGUAACCUCCAUCAUUGCACUUCCUAUUCUGUCAGUUAACGGUACCAUGUUAAUUAUAUUGAUGUGAAGAUUCUGUUGUGAUUGAUGGGUUAACAAAUAUGGCAAUGAAGUUAAUUGUACAUUUUUCUCUCUUUUCUUAUAAUGGGGUACUAUUUAUUUAUCAAGUUAUGUUAUUAUGACUUUUUAUUUAUUUUGUUCUGGUUACACUUUCUCCAAUUUGGUGUUAUUUAUUUGUUUAUUUAUUUUUAUUUUUUUAUUUUCUCUUUGUUAAGAUGAAGGAGCAGGUUACUUGUGGCUUGUUUGUUUGAUUAUGUUGUUAAUUAUAAAUAAAAAGGUCUUGUGCUUGUGAAAAAUUGUGUAACGUAAUUUAAUCUUUGUUGUGAAAUUGUAAAGAAGUCUUUUUUCUUUUCUUUCAUAUUUGUUUCUUGGUUCUUUUUCUAUUUUAUUGUAUUUUUUCUUCUUUUGUUUUUCUUCCUUGUUCUUAUUGUUGCUUUUCUUACUUUUUUUUUCUUUUUCAUCUGUUCUUGCUGUCUACUUUCCUCUUCAUCACAGCUAAGAAAGUUGUAACAAAAAAGUUCUUAGCUUCACUUCUUUGCAUUCAGACCCACUUUUGUUUUCUGGAUAAUUACAGAUCCACUACUUUUUUUUUCUUUAUUUUUUAUUUAUAAUUAUAUAUAGGUAUCAGUGGCUUAUGUUAUUUAUUGGGUUUUUGCAGGUCCAUUGUAUAAAAUCUUGGUUGUUGUAAAGUAUGAGUUAUUCUUUUGUUUUGUUGUUAUGUCCCUCUGUAACAAGUGUGAGGAUGUACAGUUGGGGGUCAUGAGUCAAGUAACCUUACAUACCGACUCCUUCCACUGUGUCUGGUGUUCUUUCAGUCCAUUUCUUCAUUAAUCUUUAGAGUAACUUUACCUUGGAAGUUCUAAUGUCCUUUUCUUUCUUAUGAUCUUUCGUUUUAGACUUCUAUGAUGACUUUAUGCUUCUUAAUUCACAGCAGUUGACCACCUCUUCACUGUCUCAUAUUGUAACUUACCUUUGAUAGUUCUUCCUGAUUUUUUUUUUCUUUCUUUUCUUUUCUUUUCCUGUAUGACUUUCCAUUCUUUUAGAUGCAAGUGACUCCAGUACCUCUUUAUUCACUGUUUCAUAUUGUAAAUCCCCUUUAGCAUGCCUUCCUUGUUCCCUUCUUUAUCAUCUCUUGUUCCUUCAGACUUCUUAUGCACUCCAUUCUUCAUUCACAGCAGUCAUGUCUUUCCACAACUAACUAAAGAUGUUGGAUACAGUAUCUAAUACUUUGAAAUGUUAUAUAAUGGUAUUUCAUAAUAUGCUCUUACAGCAUUUCUUUUCAUCUCAACAUGUCAUAAAUGGGCUUAUCUAAGACUUUAUGAUAUGCUAAUUGAUUCUUCUGACUUAUAAGAUUUUUUAUGUCACACUUAAUAACUCCAUCCUCUCAGUCUUGGCUGUUCUGAUAUUAUUUAACUCUAUUACAUAAUGUCCUGAGCCUGUCCUUUUAUAGCAGCUUUAUCUUAAUGUCUUAAUUCAGCUCAGUCUCCUCAGUCUCAAGCUCUCAGAUCUGCUACAAAUCCACCCGUCCCAGGUUUUGUAAGGAGGGUGUCAGUGGAUCAGAGUGAGAGAGAGAGAGAGAGGGGAGGUGGAGCACAGAGGGAGGGGGACUGCAAGAGGCUCCCUGACCCAUGACCCCUGCUGUACAUGUAUGCAUUUCAUGGACUUGAAGUGUGAUAAUAUAUUCCACAGUGUUAAAAUGAAGAAAUAUGUGUGAUGUGAUCUGAGUGAGAAAGAUUGAGUGAAUGAAAGAGAAUCCUCAUUA